GAAGCCCCUGAUGCCAUGGAGGAGUGGGACGUGCCCCAGAUGAAGAAGGAAGUCGAGAGCCUCAAGUACCAGCUGGCCUUCAAAAGGGAGAUGUCAUCCAAGACCAUCCCUGAGCUCAUCAAGUGGAUCGAGGAUGGAAUCCCCAAGGACCCCUUCCUGAACCCUGACCUCAUGAAGAACAACCCAUGGGUGGAGAAGGGCAAGUGUGCCAUCCUGUAAGAGCCCCACAACCCCAGGGUCAUGCCUCUUUGUGAAGAAGACAACUCUGUAAAGGUGUGACUUUUAUGAAGACUUUCCGGUGCCCUCCCUCCUGGGAGCAUGCCGGUGCCUUUCCCUUCCCUCUCUUCU